UAUCAGAUGUUGAGUCUGAAGAUAAAAUGUCAAUAAGUACAGCAACAAAUUCAAGGAAUUCCUCUAGCUCUAAAAAAAAAAGGAAAACCAAUAAUAAUUUACAUUCAUAUUAUGAAAAUACUAAUUGCAAUAUUGAACAAAAACAAAAAUUAGAUCAGGCCUUGUUACGUGCAUUUGUUGUAUGUGGGAUACCUUGGAAUGUUGUAUCUAACCCAUUUUUUAUGGAUUUUAUGAAGUUGGCUAAACCUGGAUAUGAUCCAGCUACACGUAAAGAAUUAUCAGGUCAACUUCUUAAUCAAGAAAUUGCUAGAAUUACUAUUAAACUUAAUAAACUUGUAAAAAGUGAAAGAAAUAUGACGUUGG